AGCCGCGAAGUGGGCGGUGGGUGGAGCCCCCGCCCCGGCGCCCCCGCCUUGCCCCGGCUGGGGGUCUUACCGUCGCACUUGCUUGGCGGGCUGGGCCCGCUCCCCUGCCCUUGGCUGCGCCGCCCGCUCAGCUGGCUUCCUCUUCCGCGGCCUGGAGGCGGAGGCUCCUCCACGCGGCCCAGCCUGCCUUGCCUGGGCAGCCGGGCUGUUCUGAUCUCCUAUGUCGGAGGAGACGGCAGCGGGCGCGGGGCCGGGGGGCUCCGGCUCGGGGCUCUGCUGGGCCUCGCUCUUCUCCUGCCUCAGCCUGGCCUGCUGCUAUGUGGGCAGCCUCUACGUGUGGAAGAGCCACUUGCCCAGGUGAGUGGAGGAGAGCCGAGAUGCGCCCCCGUGGGGGGAAAAAAGCCCCGCUCGGCUCCCCGCCGGACCAGGCGCGCUGCGUCUUUCGCUCGCUCCGACCCCAUCACCCACCCGCGAAGUCUUUGCUCGCAGGUUCCCUUGAAGCGUCUAGGCUCCCUGGAGGAGGGGGGAACCUUUCCCGCUCUUUGGGGGCUGGACGGGGAGGGGGUUGCACGAAAACGCCACGGCCCGAGCAAACGGGAGGCGAGUGCUCCAGGUGAGGCAGAAGUUGCUCUGAGAGUCAGCUGCAACAUUUAAUGCACUGGGAAAGAUUGUAAAAUGAGUGUCGUCGUCGUCCCCCCCCCCGAUCCGACGCUGCACUCCAAACGUGGGCGCUUAAGGUAGCCGGGCUUCUUUGAAGUCCGCGCUCAGCUAUGAACGCCCGUCUGCAAUGGGUAGCAAGAACUUCUGGGAGUCAGUAAUAUCCAGGAGCCUUUGCUGGCGUAGCCGGGCCCCCCUCCUGCACUAUAUAACUUUGCUUAUAUAAUCGCUUUCUUCCUGGAUUGAGACAUGGGUCAGGCAAGAGUCUGUGGGUUUCUUUGCAAACUCUUCAACGGGCAGGAAGCUUCGCGUUGAAUGGGGGAAGCUGUUGGGGGUUCCUAUCCCAGGGUAAAAAAAUUAUGUAGGAAAUAAACCCUGUGAAUACUGUAGCUGUGCUCCUGCUGCAGUCUUGCCUUGUGGGGAUUUGCAUCUUUGCCGGGUGGGCAGCCUCAGCCAGGGCCUAGAGGUCCAGCUCUUGCAGCUUCUCCUGCUGGGCCUUUCUCCUUCCAGGGACCACCCAGCUGUCAUCAAACGGAGGUUCACCAGCGUCCUCAUUGUCUCCAGCCUCUCACCCAUCUUCAUCUGGGCCUGGAAAGAGGUGACAGGCAUUAAGGUGAGAUCAUGGCCAGGUCUGGAAAAUGCCUGGCCAAAAUAAGCAGGUGAUUUCUGUCACUUCAAGCUUCUUUAAUUAAUAAGGUCAUUUAUAUGCCACCUUUUAAAAUCUUAAAAUCAAAACAAUGAAACAUACAAAACGGUCAGCAUUUAAAAGCCAGAGAGUUUAAGACGCUGAAGGCACUAAAAUGUUUUUAAAUAUCUGGGUAUUUUUUGAAAAACCAAAACUUACCUGGUUCCUAAACAACUUGGGUGUGGGUUGCAGCACAGUAGAUGCAAAGUAGAGCAUCUACUUUGCAUGCAAAAGGUUUAGGUUCAAUCCCUGGUAACUCCAGUUACUGAGCUGGAUGUGGGCUGGUACCAUUUAUGUGCACUCAGGUUGGUACAGGAGGAGGCUGUUGGGUCCUCCUUGGGUCCUAAGCUGUUUAGGACUUCAGUGGGUGAGCACCAGCCUUUUGAAUUGGGCCUGGAAACAAAUAGGCAGCCAGUGACAUUCUUUCGAAACUGUUUUGGUGAUCGGCAUGAUCAGUGCCAUCCAAAACUCUGGCUGCUGCCUUCUCCCCUCGUUCCUGUUCCGAUGCCUCUGCUGUGCCCCUGUACAUUUUGGAAUGAUCGUUUGUAUAGUAUUAUGGGGGUGCCUCCAUCACCACCACUUCUCAGGCAUCUGAGCCUGUGAAGACUACGUAGGAUGGUAUUGGAACGGUGUGACAUUGUUUACAGUAAGGCUUUUUAUACCGCUUGUAUGAUGGAAACCAUCUACCGUCGCCCUAACGGAAAAGAAAAUUGUCCUGGGGGACAGAUUGUCAGUUAUGUAAGAGUGUCUGGAUGUGUGCGGUGUCUGAUUUUAGCACAAUGUUAGAACUUUGCAUUCAGGAAGGCACCAUGCUAUUUAAAUCACCCUUUAUUCAGAACCAUGAGGGCUGGAACCUUAAUUUAUUUUUAAGGGAAGAACCAUAGCUCUCUGGUAGAGCACCUGCUUUGCAUGCAGAAAGCCACGAGUUCAAUCCCCUGAUAUUUCCAUGCAGAAAGACCCGUUCUGAAACCCUGAGGAGCUGCUGCCAGUCACUGCAGGUGGCAGUGAUCUGAAUGAGCCAGUGGUCUGACUUGAUACCCAGUGGCUUCCUGUAUUCCUAUGCCUCCAGUUGUGGCUUGGCUUGCUUGUGCAAGCCAUUAUACAAACAAGCAAACCUCAAAGCUGUUUACAAAAAGAUAAUAGAAUCAAGGAAAAAAUACAAUACGUUAAAACGUACACGAAGUUAAAAUACUAAACCGAGUUAAAAUUCACACCGGCAUUUCUAAGAGCCCGGGUAGGUUUGCCUGAACAAUCAUGUUUUUAGGUGGCGCCAAAAAGCUGUCAUGAGCUAUUUGUUAUGUAAGCACCAGGACAGUGCCCCAGUGGGGAGCCCAUAUUUAUUAGUGUGUAUAAAGGAUCCUAGGUUCAGUUUUUAGUAUCUCCAGUUAAAGGAGCUCCAGUAGCCCAGGGCAGUCAGGGAAGACAGUCCUCAGCUGGGUAGACCUGUGGCGAGAAUUGAUGUCCGGUUGUGCUUUGUAACUUAUAUGCAUUGCACCAUUGCAAGCUAUGGCAGAUUAUUGCCAGGGGGGCGGGAUUUGUGCUUCCCCAGGGCUAAUGAAGGCGUUUCCUCUUCUGCUCAGCCAGAUGCAUCCCUUCUUGCCCUGAUGGGCUUCCGGCUUGAGGGCAUUAUACCAGCAACCGUGCUGCCUUUGCUGUUAACCAUGGUAAGUGCAGCUCUUGAUCAGCCAGCGCUCUGCUAGGAUUCAGCAGGGCUCAUUUACUCCCACAUAUUUAAGCCGUUCUCCCUUCUGGGGACCAUAUACAAGUGCUGGGUGAGACCAGUGUAGGGCGCAAUUAAUAUACAUUUUACCUUUGUACAGCCUUACACUUCACCCUAAGGUCCCACCGCAGGUUACAACAUUAGGACGCAAUAUUAAAAGCAGUUUAAAGCAACUUACAACCCCCCAAAUAAGGUGGGUCCUAAAGAUAUACACCUCAAGUUUCAAAAGCCAGAGUAAAGAGGUUUAAAGGAUAGCUCUGUCGGUAGAGCAUGAGACUCUUAUUCUCAGGGUCGUGGUUUUGAGCCCCGUGUUGGUCAAAAGUUUCCUGUGCUUCAGGGGGUUGGACUGGAUGACCCUCAUGGUCCCUUCCAACUCUACAAAAAUAGGACAGAGAACUUUUUUGAUGGAGGGCAAUCUCCACUCAGUGCACUUCAUUUCAAGAAAGAUGAAGUGGAAAGGCUGAAGAAUAGUUACGGAGACUGGGGUGGAAUAGAUUCUUGUUUAUUCUGGAACAGGUGUACUAAUCAAAAUGUUUUGCCAGGAAAAUGGUUCUGAUCUUUUAUACUUUUAGUUUAUACCCUUUUUAUUAUGCAAAAUUUUGAAUAAUGAUGUUGAUUUGUGGCAAUUUAUACUAGUUUAAAACUUUUCAAUAAAAAGCUUUUUAAAAAGGAAGAGGUGGAAAAGACAACCCUCAAUGCCACGCUGACCGAUGUGGCUCUUCCAUAUUUACACACCAGGUGCAGAAAAUGCAAGGGCUGAUUUUUACAUGUGCUUGUGAACAUGUUCUUUGCUCCUUCUCCCUCGCCCCACAGGUCCUAUUCCUUGGUCCUCUUAUCCAGCUCUCGAUGGACUGUCCUUGGGACCUGGUAGAAGGUUUGAAAGUUGCGUUUGGUAAGACUACGUAGAUUGGCAUGUGAUGGCAGGGCUUGGAGAGCAACUGCAAGAGACUCUAGGAGUGGGGCUGGGGAACUUUUACAGGCCAGGGGCCACAUUCCCUUCUGGAGAAGCUUCCAGGGGCCACAUGCCAGGGUGGGCGGAGCCAGAGGCAAAAAGGGGGUUGGAGUAACGAAUGUGAGCGUUACCCUUGUACAGGAGGCUAGUUUUUACACGAACUUACCCACCCACCUGCCUCUGUCUUCCGUCCUCGCAAACAAGAAGCAUUAUCAGAGUUCAUAGACAUAUUCCAGCCAGGCAAAAACACUGAAUGGGUGGGGGACAUGAAGCAGGUUUGGUAAGGGUUGCAGCCUGAGGAUCAGAUAGACAGUAAAGGCCUGGAAGGCUGCAUUUGGGCCUUGCUGUAGGGCAAAAAGCGAGUGUCUCCUUGUUUUCCCUCAUGACACUCUACUCCCAGUAUGCAGUGCGCUCAUUUCAGGAAGCAAGCUUUUCAUGCUGGCUGGAGCGAUGGGAGUUGUAGUCCAAAGCAGCUGGAAGGCUCACAGGUUGGCAAAGGCUGGUUGAUGGGAUGUCAUCCCAGUGCCUGCUUUUCCAUGCCUCUGUGGAAUGUGUGCUUUAAGCCCCUGGCGAAGUGGUUAUAAUUGCCCUCCUUCUUGGACACCCAUUGACAAAACACCCCUUUUUUUUUGCUACUGCUGUGCCUUCUCAAGAGGAGGGGUGGGGUGUAAGUAACACUACUCCUCCUCCUCGCCCCCCAGACCCCAGCUUUUGGGUUCUCUGUCUGACUGACAUGCGCUGGCUCCGCAACCAGGUCAUUGCGCCCUUCACGGAGGAGCUGGUCUUCCGGGCCUGCAUGCUGCCCAUGCUCGUCCCUUGCACGGGAUUGGGGCCUGCUGUCUUCACCUGCCCGCUGUUCUUCGGAGUCGGUGAGUGCCAUAUUUCUCUCCAGCAAGAGGAGACUGUUUCUUGAGGCGGUCCCAACCUUCACCUAAUUGCUUGGACUUUCUAGUUCCUUCUUAGCACAAGGCUGACACAUUUUUGUGGGCCUGAAACCAAGGAUGGUGAGCUUUUCAAGCUGUUUGGAGGUUACCAGACUCAAUCUCCCAUCAUCACUUGCUGGCUGGGGCUGAUGGGAGUUGUAGUCCAGUGAGGCCUACAAAGCCACAGAUUUCUCAGGGCCAAAACUGGAGCGUUUGUUUGUACUACAGAAAGUUUUGGGGCACUUCCUACUCUUUCUCUGGUUUCUUAAAUGUAUUUUUUUAUCAUUCCCUGCAUAUUCUAAAUUAACUUCACUUAUUCUUUUAUUCAGCUACUUUAAUUAUUUACUCUUAUGAAACUGCAGGUUAUUACAACAAUCCUGCCAAUGUCCUUAUCUGUUUACAACUCCCCUCUGAAGAAAGAUUGCAGCGUUUGUGCCUUUUUAGUUUAGAGAAAAGGCGAGUAAGAGGCAACAUGAUAGGAAUUUAUAAAAUUAUGUAUGGCAUAUUGAGAGCAGACAGAGAAAAACAUCCCACUUUCAUGACACUAGAACUCGUGGGCACCCUCUGUAUCUGAAUGUUGGGAGAUUCAGGACAGACAAAAGAAAGUAUUUCAUGCAGCUCAGAUUUAAACUAUGGAACUCACUUCCACAGGAGGCAGUGGUGGCCACCAAGUUGGAUGGCUUUAAAAGAGGAUUAGAUGAAUUCACAGAGGAGAAGUAGCUAUCAAUGGCUAAAACUUAGCCACAACGGCUGUACUCUGCCUCCACUGGGAAUCACAGGACGGGGAGCGCUCUUGUGCUCAGGUCUUGCUUUGGGGAUUUGCACAGGCAUCUGGUCGGCCACUGUGAGAACAGGAUGCUGGACUGAUGUAACGGGCUCUUCUAACGUCGCAGGAAGAACCUUGGCGUUUUGCAAGGAGAUGAUGGGGGGGGAGAGAAGGCUGUUCUGCCACAUGUGCUGAGAUGCGUCUUUGUUUUCUAGCUCACUUUCACCAUGUCAUUGAGCAGCUACGGUUUCGCCAAGGAAGCACAGCCAGCAUCUUCCUCUCAGCAGGUAUGGCUUGGGUGGUCCCUUAUUUUCCUCACCAUCAGAAGCCAAGAGGGUGGCAGGACAUUGGCCACAGGGUCCUUUUGAGAUACACACACACACACACAUAUACGGCAGUAUUACCAUUUCGGGAGGAGAUGUCAGCUGAGUGGCAGAGCGCACACUUUGCACCCAGAGGUUCAAUCCGCAGCUUCGAUUCCUGGCACGUUCCUUUGGAGGAAUCAGGUGGUCCCGUCUCUGCUGGAGGGCCAGGGGAGCUGCUGCCUCUCAGAGUACAGUCGUACCUUGGAAGUCGAAUGGAAUCCAUUCCAGAAGUCCAUUCAACUUCCAAAACGUUUGAAAACCAAAGUGAUUCGAAGCUCCUGCAUCCAAUCAGAAGCCACGGACCAUCAGACGUUCAGCUUCCAAAAUAGUUCGCAAACUGGAACACUCAUUUCUGGGUUUGUGGCAUUCAGGAGACAAAACGUUCGACAACUAAGCUGUUUGAAAACCAAGGUACGACUCUACAGGGCUAGAUGGACAAAAGGGUCUGUCCUGGGCUAAGGAAUUUGAUUGUUUGUUCUGCACAAAUGUAUAGAUUGGCGUUUAGCUCAGACUGAAAGGUGUAGAUGGCGUUGGCCAAGCAAAGUGGUUUGUAAGCCAAUUUCAUUAUGUGGUGUAUCACUGUGUGGGCGACUUGCUCAUCCAGAGGAUGCUGCCUGAAAAAAGGAUGCUUUCCCCAGCCCCCUACCACCCUCUUCUCACCCCUCUGCUAGCUUCUGAUGGACUGCUUCCUCCCUUUGCAGUGUUCCAGUUUUCAUACACAGCUGUUUUCGGAACAUACACUGCCUUCAUCUUCAUCCGGACUGGUAGGUGGGGAAAAUGAAUAAGGGAAUUGCACCAGUUGGGGUGGGGUUUAGGAAUGAGAAGGUGCUGCCUAUGUUAAUGGGGACCCCCCUGUCCCUCUCCUGCUCAGUUGCUCCCCAAGGUAGCAGCUGGCAAUCACAUUAUGCGUGUGAGAGAGUUUUGAGUAUUUCAGUUCCCUUGGAUACCAAAACCAAAUGGUUAAUGGCUGACAACGUUUGACACCAAAACUGGGCCAUGGAGAAUCAAGGGUUGGGAGGUAUUGGCAUGCAUUGGGUGAGUUCUGGUGGGUGCAGCAGUACUGAAAGAGAGAAGGCUUAAAAAACAUCCCAACGGGGACAGAAAUUUUUCAGCGCAGUUUACAGGGGCUGCACAAUGCUGAGUGUCAGCCAGAGGAGAAAAGCCGAAAGAGGUGGAGGCACGAGAGAAUGUGAAAUGAUGCCUGUUGUGAUGCAGGCCCUUCCCUUAGGUGUGGUGCCCCUGGUGUGGUGCAGGAAUGCAUGUCAGAGAGGCACUCCCCUUGGCCACGAAUCUUUCAGUGACUGUUGUCUUUCACCCUAACCUGCCUUUACCAGGUUGUCCUAAGGAGAGGUGGUGUGGAAGCAGAGGGCAGGAUUAAUAAAUAGCCUAAAAUCAGUGUGUGCUGCUGCUGCUUUUUACUUUAGAACACUGUAUUUCCCCUGAUAGGCAGAUUUAAGCAGAUAUUGCAAGCAAUCCAGAUUUCUUAGGGCAAUAGCAUUAAGAUACCAUAUAGGUUAAUUGAAUAUUCAGUCCGUGUGUGUGGUGAAAGGAAUUGGGAUGUCUUCAGAGAGAACUCUUAGCCUAAGCCAUUUCUGUUGCAACUCCACAUGAGUUUUCUCUUCAGCCCAUAAGGACUAGGGACUUAGGAUUUUAAAUGGCAUCUGCUGGAGGCAUUCUGCUCAUCCCCUCCUCCUCCCUCUCCCCACAGGGCACCUCAUUGGGCCUGUUCUCUGCCACUCCUUCUGCAACUACGUCGGGUUCCCUGCUGUCGGCGCAGCCCUGGACCACCCGCAGCGCUGCCUGGUUGUCUUCUUCUACCUGCUGGGAGUGAUCCUCUUCCUCCUCCUCCUGCACCCCAUGACGGAUCCCGCUUUCUUUGGCCACCUGCCCAUCUGCUCCCUCUCCAGACUGACUUCGCACACCAGCAGCCUUGGCAGCUUCUCCCUCUGCUCUUGACACCUGCCUGGGACGUUCUCCCAAUCUCCCCACACCCCAUGCACCCUUGCGUCUACAGUGGCACACAGCGCUGACGCUGUACACUUGCGCCGGUUUCGAGGUGGCUUUCUCCUCAUGGCCCCCACCCCUACCCUCCUCAUCCUCUUCUGCAGUUGUCAUGGGGAGAGUGGGAAAAGCCAUUUUCUGAAACCCGUUUGCGGUGGAAACGUAGCUGUGCCUGCGUUCUUGCACACAUCUCCGCCUGAGCCAGCCAGCCCUUUUUAUAGACCCCUGGGGGGGGGGCCUUCUUUUCCUCCGGGCCCCAAAGAGCUCUAUUUUUUAUUAUUAAAGGACUUUAACGAGGCCCUGUUGGUGUUUUAAUUGUGGCUGGGGUUUGAAGGUGGCCUGUCCUUCCGCUGUGCCGCUUGGUUAUAGACUUGGAGCUUGCGUUUUAUUUAGGGCUGGGAGUGGUGGGUGCUUGGUGAAGGGGCAGAGCUUGCUGAGUCUCUGUUGGUUCCAGCAGAGGGUGGGCCACAAGUACUUGCGACCAGGCAACAACUUCAUUGGAUGUCAAGGGGAUGGGGAGGCUGACCUUCCAGGUGUUGGGAAAUUCCAUCUCCCAUCAUCCCUAA